AUGAAUUGUUUAGUCCUGCAACUAAAAUUGUUCAUCAAAAAUUUGAUUGACCUCGAGCAGACCCAGUGUGGAGAGCCAUCAACCACCCUGGAGCCACUUACAGCCUCCCUCCCUACCCCGGACUCGCUGAACCCGCACGGUGGUCCAGGAGGACAGGGGCUGAAUAACGCGGGUCCCGGUCCGGGCACGCCGCUUUACCCUGGUCCGUCACCUGGACCGGGCCCCGGCCCGAAUCCGGGAUUCGCCACACCUACUCACGGAGGGGGCGGAGGCGGUCACACGCCACUUCCUGGACAAGGUAGUCACUUCGUCCACGGACCGCCUAGCUACAACUCAUCCCCCGUACCACCUGGGCCCUCCACUCCUGGCCAAGGAGGUGGCAAUUCCAAUCAUUUUCCGUCGCCAGGACCCGGUUAUAACCCACAGGGAGGACCUGGAGGUAAUGUAGUUCAUUAUAUUUUGAAUCAAUGA